AAGAGGAGACGAUAAAUUCAACUUCUUCAUCAUCGCAUCCAACAAAUCUAAACUCUUGAUUCUUUAAUCUUUUGUAUUCGUUCUUCAUUUCUGGUUCCAUACAUUAUUACCCUUUUCUUCUUCUCCCUCUCUCUCUCUCUCCCAUGUUCAUCAUAUGACUGCUAAUAUAUAUUCAUGUGUAAAUAUACUAGUUAUCAAAGGUGGAUGAUGAUGGAGCAGCCACCAGAAGGAAGGCAGGAGGAAAAAAUUGAACUUGGGAACUUCUCCUGGAUAGAGGAAAGGCUUGGUUGAUUGCCUUGGAGGAAAAGAUAUGGAUAUCAACAAGAACGAGUCGUCUUCGUCUCAGAGUCAUUCUGAAUCUUUGCCUUAUGUUCACAAGGUUGGACUGCCUCCAAAGCAAAAUCUUUUCAAGGAAAUUACUGCAGCUGUGAAAGAAACUCUUUUCGCAGAUGAUCCGUUGCGCCAAUUUAAGGAUCAAACAGGAUCAAGAAAGUUUAUCCUUGGAAUUCAAACUCUUUUCCCCAUUUUUGAAUGGGGAAGAGACUACAGCUUCAAAAAAUUUAAAGGGGAUUUGGUUGCAGGACUUACCAUUGCAAGCCUUUGUAUUCCACAGGAUAUUGGAUAUGCACAGCUUGCAAACCUUAAGCCUCAAUAUGGGUUAUAUAGUAGCUUUGUUCCACCUCUUGUUUAUGCCUUCAUGGGUAGUUCAAGAGAUAUUGCUAUAGGACCAGUGGCAGUGGUGUCCCUUUUGCUUGCAACUCUUUUGCAGGAUGAGAUUGAUCCUUCUAAGGACCCUGUUAACUAUCUACGCCUAGCGUUCACAGCUACAUUCUUCGCUGGAAUCACUCAAGUUACUCUAGGAUUUUUCAGAUUGGGUUUUCUGAUUGAUUUCCUAUCUCAUGCUGCCAUUGUUGGGUUUAUGGCUGGAGCUGCCAUUACUAUUGCCCUUCAACAACUUAAAGGAUUGCUUGGCAUAACUCAUUUCACAAAGAAGACUGAUAUAGUCUCCGUGAUGCGCUCCGUCUUGACUACAGCUCAUCAUGGUUGGAACUGGCAGACAAUUGUCAUAGGAUUAUCAUUCUUGGUCUUCCUUUUGUUAGCCAAGCACAUUGGGAAAAAGAAUAAGAAAUUGUUCUGGGUAGCUGCAAUUGCUCCUUUGAUCUCUGUGAUUCUUUCCACUCUUCUAGUGCAUGUUACUCAUGCUGAGAAGCAUGGAGUUAAAAUUGUACGUGAGAUUAAAAGAGGGGUAAAUCCAUCAUCUUUGAAUGAAAUUUUUUUCUCUGGAGAGCAUCUUGGCAAAGGCUUCAGGAUUGGUGUUGUAGCCGGUAUGAUUGCCCUGACGGAAGCAAUCGCCAUUGGAAGGACAUUUGCUGCCAUGAAGGACUACCAGAUUGAUGGAAACAAAGAAAUGGUAGCAUUAGGAACCAUGAAUGUUGUUGGUUCAAUGACAUCCUGCUAUGUGGCUACAGGAUCAUUUUCUCGAUCAGCAGUGAACUUCAUGGCAGGCUGCAACACUGCUGUCUCAAACAUAGUGAUGUCCUUAGUUGUAUUAUUAACUUUGGAGCUCAUUACUCCAUUGUUUAAAUACACCCCGAAUGCUAUACUUUCCUCUAUUGUCAUAUCUGCUGUGAUUGGCCUAAUCGACAUUGAAGCAGUAAUUUUGAUAUGGAAGAUUGAUAAAUUUGAUUUUGUUGCCUGUAUGGGAGCCUUCUUUGGUGUAGUAUUUUCUUCUGUUGAGAUAGGCCUCUUAAUUGCUGUCUCAAUUUCGUUUGCUAAAAUCCUAUUACAAGUGACAAGGCCAAGGACUGCCAUACUUGGAAAAUUACCUAGGACGACUGUUUACAGGAACAUUCAACAGUAUCCUGAGGCUUCCAAGGUUCAGGGGAUUUUAAUUGUCAGAGUUGAUUCAGCAAUUUACUUUUCCAACUCAAAUUAUAUCAAGGAGAGGAUUUUGAGAUGGCUGACUGAUGAAGAAGAACGUCUGAAAGAAAAUAACUUACCCAGAAUCCAGUUUUUAAUCGUCGAAAUGUCUCCUGUAACUGAUAUUGACACUAGUGGGAUCCAUGCCUUCAAAGAGUUGCAUCGUAGUCUUCAGAAGAGGAAUGUUCAGCUUGUUCUAGCAAAUCCAGGGCCUGUGGUGAUGGACAAGCUCCAUGCUUCUGGGUUUGCAGAGAUGAUAGGGGAGGACAACAUUUUUCUGACAGUCGCAGAUGCUGUUCAUACAUGUGCUCCAAAGAUGGUGGAAGUGUGAAGUCAUUAUCAUCCCUAAAACAUUGGAAGCUGCUUUCUAUUACACAAUUGUAACACUUUGGUAGCACACGCUCCUAAUGGAUCAAUUUGAUCCUGAUCAAAGGGCUAAAAAUGUAUUUUUCAUUUAUGAAACACUUAAUAUCACUUUUUGUUAAUGAAUUUCUUAUCGGGUGUGACUA